GGCGCAGCGCUCCGGUGUGCGUGGCUUGGCCCCUCGGUGUCCCCGCUGUGCCCGGCCGGCCUCGGUCACUGCCGCCGCCGGCAGCGCGCCGCGCAGCACCCGGACAGAAGUAGCUAAGGGUUCCUGAUGGAAGUGCUUUUGUUGCUUUGUGCUUGACCGCCUCGGCUCAAGUGUUUGCUUUGCAUCCCUUCGGAAUGUUGAAAGGGGACGUGAAAUGUGAAAGCGGGUCCCGCUUUCGGCGCGGAACGUGUUGCCGCCACUGAAAAACAUUAACUGAAUACGAGGGUUUUGUACGAAUAAGACGAUCGGAAUGGUGAAAUAGUUAAGCUGAAACUGUGGGGGAUUUUAAUCUUAGUACAGCUUUUCAGUGAUAUGCCUGAGAAACGCUGUAGGGUUUGUCACCGGGGUAUAAUAUGCAGUUAUGUAUUAGCAAUUACAAGGAGGUGUAGGGUGCAGAGCUUUACAACGUUUUGCCUCUGUCAGGUUUGUAAUACUAAAAAUCCGAUCCUUCUUGCUUUGUUAGCUGCUGCCUCUGGACGGUGGGCUACUCAAAAAUAGAUUCUGAAGCAUCUCUAGAAAUGCGGUACCAAAAAUUACAGCGUGAAAUAGUAUUGAAGACAUGCUGAAAUCUGAAUCUUCGUUUGUUUGCAGGGAAGCUGAAACGCUGUAGUGUACCACUGAGCAGGACAAGUCAGGAAUGAGCCAGCCUUGGGAAGGAGCACCUGCCAUCCUAGCUGGAGACGUCUGAAGAGAGGACAUUUCAAUCUUCAUGCUUCAGUAGAAAUUACUAAGAAAAAGAUGGCUGGCUGUGGCGAAAUAGAUCAUUCGAUCAACAUGCUUCCCACAAACAGGAAGACAAAUGAGUCAUGUACCAAUGCAGCACCUUCCCUGCAAGUCCCUGAAUGUGCUAUCUGUCUGCAAACGUGUGUCCAUCCAGUAAGUCUGCCCUGUAAACAUGUUUUCUGCUAUCUGUGUGUUAAGGGCGCUUCUUGGCUUGGGAAACGAUGUGCACUCUGCCGGCAGGAGAUUCCUGAGGAUUUCCUUGACAAGCCAACCUUAUUGUCACCUGAAGAACUCAAAGCAGCAAGCAGAGGCAAUGGAGAAUAUGCUUGGUACUAUGAAGGUAGAAAUGGCUGGUGGCAGUACGAUGAACGUACCAGCAGAGAGCUGGAAGAUGCCUUUUCCAAGGGUAAAAAGAGCACUGAAAUGCUAAUUGCUGGUUUUUUAUACGUGGCCGACCUUGAGAAUAUGGUUCAGUAUAGGAGAAAUGAGCAUGGACGCCGCAGAAAAAUAAAACGGGACAUAAUAGAUAUACCAAAGAAGGGAGUGGCUGGGCUGAGGCUGGACUGUGACACCAACACUGUCAACCUGGCACGAGAGAGCUCCGCUGACGGUGCGGACAGCACACUGACUCCAGGGGCUGCAGCUGUGCAGCCUCUAGCAGCCAUUUCUGUGAGGCCCCUACCUGCACUGGAUGGCCAGCUCGUCAGCCCUUCGACGCCGUCACCUGAUGCAAGCAAUUCUCUAGAGAACUCUUUUGCCCAGUUGCAAAUAAAUGGAGACAGUAUGGCUGAAAGGAGUCACAGGGGAGAGGGAGAAGAAGACCACGAAUCAUCAUCUUCUGGUAGGGUGCCAGCCCCUGACACCUCUGUGGAGGAGACCGAAUCGGAUGCCAGCAGCGACAGCGAGGAUGUGUCUGCCCACCUUCAGCAACACCUGUCCUCUGGUCAGCAGAGACACUUGAGUGCUGCUGCAAGCCAGGCAGGAGCAGAUAGACCAGGGGCAGGGGGUGGGGUGGCAAACACAAGUGUAAGAUCUAGAAGGCCAGAUGGACAGUGCACAGUCACUGAAGUUUAAAUCUAGAGCCAUGCGAAAAAAAAUACUCAGUUGUAAUUUUCUGUAAAUUUUCUGUCCACAUUGGCAUUGCACUCAAACCUAGCAGCGUGUUUGGUGGGAGGGUGGGGUGAAGGGGAGAAAACAGAUUUGGCCUGUUUUAACUUAAGUCUCUUAACAUGUCUCAGCUGGAAGACUCUUAACUCUAGGAAACUGGGUUGUCCUGUUAAUGGUUUGAAAGCUGUUUAGCAAUGCCCAGUUUUCUUGAAAAUGUCUUGUGUUUAUUUUGUAGCAUUUUCCCCUUGAAGAUACUCUAUCCCUUUUUGGCCAAUGUAUAUCUACUGUACAACUUGAAUUGUCUUCAUUAUCUGACUGUUGCAUUAAGUGUCUUACUACUUUCUGCAUGGAUUGAUGUAUGAAAAGAACACUAAAGCUGUGUGGAAUCAGGCAAGGUGUUGGGUGUGAGCAGGAUGCUUAAUUUAACGUGAGAAAAUAGAUGUGAGUUUGGAGUUAAAAUGUGUUUUUACUAGACAAGAGCAAUCAUUUACCUUCUUUCAAUGGAAAUGUAAAAAUGCUGUUAACUUGUGUUGGAAAUCCUUACCUUUACACUCUCCAUGGCUUUUUCACUGGCUUUGCCAUCUAGUCCUUGUAGUUUUGUUUAUUGAGAUCUUUCUUGAUCUGUCUUGUUUUUGUUACAGAAUUUAUAAUUUAAUAAAACUACAUUUUAUCAGUAACAAUCUCA